AUGGAGGGAGCCAGCCAGCUGUUGGUCCAGAACCUCAGCGCCAAUCUGUCCGACGACAAGGUCAUCAAAACAUUCAGGAUCUAUCUCUCCCGACAGGACCUUAGGAAGAUGACAAAACGAUCCGACCGCGAUGCGCUCAACUAUUGCGUGGCUUGGAUCAACACCACCCAAGCAGUAGCACCGCCACCCAUCCUCUUUCAAGUAUCAGAAGCAGCAAUCCAGCCCGCAGCUACCCACCAUACCGGCUCCCAAGUCGCCGCCAUCAUCUCGCUUCCGCCCACUCUGCUUGCCAAGCUGGCCCGGACUCCAGACAUUGAUGUCCAGCAAUGGAACAUCGAGCAGGAACACUGCCUCGAAAUCUUCCUUGUCAUGGCCCUCUCCGCCCCGAAACCAUCCCCCUUGCCUUGCUGUCCAGUAGUCCCCGCAAUCUCCUCGACUACAAUUGGAUCAAUGACCGAUUCGAUUUGGAGAGGACUUGCGACAAAAGAGGACUACUGA